CAAGAAUCUAGAACCUCACGCAACGCACCAAACCACUGCUUUCCUAUCUCCAUCAGAAAGGGAGGGAAUCUAUUAUUCCAUCGCCAAGGACGGGGUUUAUUUUCGCUUGUUUUUUGUUUGAACGGUCGGCUCUUUCAACCAACCCUCUCUCUCUUCUCCCGCUGCGGGAUCGGAUUUCUCCUCCUCCGUCCGACCUGCGCGCCACCCCGUCCAUCAUCAUUCGGGCCAAAAAUCCUGGAGAGAAAUACAGAUCCUCCGAUAUAUCAGUUUUAUACACCCCAUCACAACCAUGCCUGCGGCUACAGCAUCCGGGGUAGACGGCGGGGGCUCGGCCAAGUCUCGCGACCACAACCAAGGGAAUCAGGACAGAAAAUACACUCCGGAACAGAAGGCGGCGGUAUUGAGGAUACGAAAAUGCUCGGCAACCGCAUUUUAUGAGAUUCUGUCGUUGGAGAAGACUGCUACGGAUAGCGAGAUUAAAAAAGCAUACCGGAAACUGAGUUUAAUGACACAUCCUGAUAAGAAUGGUUACGAGGGCGCAGAUGAGGCUUUCAAGUCGGUUUCUCGUGCGUUCCAGGUGUUAUCGGAUUCAGAAAAGAAGGCCAAAUAUGACAGGUUUGGAGGAGACCCGGAUAGCAGAUUCACCCCCAGUGCUGGGCCAUCGGGCGCCUCUCCCUUCAGCGGUUUCAGUGGUGGUGGAUUCCCGCGGUCAGCAGGUCCUGGGUUCGAUGAUGAGAUAUCGCCCGAGGAACUGUUCCAACGGUUUUUCGGCGGUGGUUUUGGUGGUGGCAUGGGAGGUGGUUUCGGUGGUCCUCAGUUCGUCUUCAACAUGGGAGGAGGCCCUGGAUUCCGCGUUCACCAAUUUGGAGGCGCUCGGCCACGGAGAAGGCCUCGCGAGGCCACUGCCGAGGAAUCUGCACCGUCCGGCUGGGCCCUGUUCCAGCAACUUUUGCCUCUCAUCCUUCUCUUCGUGCUCCCUCUCCUCUCUUCGCUUUUCUCCGGCUCUUCUACUCCUUCUGGUCCUUCUUAUCGCUUUGAUGCCGCUGUUCCCCCUCACACCAUGCACCGAACGACACCCAAACUCAACAUCAACUACUUUGUUAAUCCUACGGAUGUGGACGACUAUAGUUCACGGAAAUUCCGCCAGUUGGACCAACGGGUAGAAGUGGACUAUGUCUCCAAACUACGGUAUGAAUGUGAGAGUGAAAUGCAUGCCCGGGAUCGAAUGAUGAUGGAUGCCCAAGGCUGGUUUUUCCCUGAUGUAGAGAAGAUGAAGGAGGCGCGCUCUCUGGAGUUGAAGAGUUGCCGUCGGUUAGAUUCUCUAAAGGGGAGACGGUAGACGGCAUUACUAGCUUUUUGACUAGACGUGAUUCUUUUGUCUUGAUUAUCCCCCUUUUUUUCCCUUAUACUUAAUCUCUUUUUUUUUUUCUUCCUUUUUUUGGACUUUCGCUUCCUUAAGAUGUCAAUAGUGCAUGAAACAAGGAUUUGGGCGUCUCAUGGGCUUAUGUGUGAUUGGACUUCUAUGACUGUUAUCCAUUCUCGAGAAAUGAAAUGAGUCUUGUACACAAUGAAUCAAUAUCAUCUCACUUGCAUUCUCACUUUGAUAUCACCGUGCC